AUGCAAAUGAGAGAUUUGUCAAGAGAGCAUAACCCAAAGCUGAAUGGCACACUCCCAAGUGACACAAUUGCAAACCCUAAAGGAAAUGGGAGUGGUCCAACUUCUCAUUGCAUGGCAAUCACCACGCGAAGCGGUAAGGUACUUCAAGGAGGAAACGAAAAAAUUGUUGGAGUAGAUGAUCUUGAGCAAGAGGUUGAAGCACAAGUCGAAGUGCCGAUUGUUAUUGAAGUUGAAAAGCUCCCAAAAGGAGUAAAAGUCCAAGAAGAAAAUCAUGAAAAGGUAAAGAUGAAAGAGGCACCAAAAGAUCUAGCACAAAUUCCUAGACCUUCCCCUCUGUUCCCUCAAAGACUUUCUAGGAAGGUUGAUGAUAGCAAAUUCGAGAAAUUUUAUGACAUUCUCAAGCAAUUGUCGGUGAACAUACCAUUUGUGGAAGCCUUUCAAGAGAUGCCAGGUUUUGCUAAAUACUUAAAGGACUUGAUAACCAAGAAAAGAACCACCACGAAUGAAGUAGUGAAUGUUACUCACCCGGUUAGCUCCAUUAUUGCAACAACCACCGUUGAAAAGAAAGAAGACCCGGGAGCAUUCACCAUUCCAUGCACUAUUGGCUUGCGAGAUUUUGCAAGGGCUCUUUGUGAAAAUGGGGCUAGCAUUAACUUGAUGCCUCUUGCCAUUUACAAGCAAACGGGGUUAAGCAUGCUGAGACCUAAAAGCAUGAGAUUGCAAAUGGCCGAUCGUUCAAUCAAAAGACCAGUGGGAAUUAUUGAUGAUGUCCUAGUGAAAGUGGGAAAGUUCCUCUUCCGGCCUAUUUUGUAA